GCUUAGUUGACGCAACAUUAUUACGUAUUUUUAUUUAUUUUGACACAAGACACAAUAUUAAUUUGAGUUCUAAAUUUCGAAUAGAAAUUAAAAACCCCACUUUUGCCACACUUGUCUCACUUCAGGCUGCUAGUGACUUGGUGAGUGUAGUGAAGAGAGACUGAGAAAACACAAAAUUAGGGCUACAAAAUUUUCCAAUCAACCACAAUUUUCAAGAUGAGUACCAUGAAAUUUUGCAGCAAAUGCAACAAUAUUUUGUACAUAAAAGAAGACAAGGAUCACAAGAUUCUGCUAGACGCUUGCCGCUACUGCCACCAUGAGGGUGUUGCUGAUAACAUUUGUGUAUACAGAAAGGAGAUACACCAAUCUGCUGGAGAGAGUACUCAGGCCCUACAAGAUGUAGCUAAAGAUCCAACUCUUCCCCGGACCAAGUCUGUCCGUUGUACUCAAUGCAAUCAUGGAGAGGCUGUCUUUUACCAGGAAACACUGAGAGGAGAGGAAGGUAUGACAUUGUUCUUUGUCUGCUGCAAUCCGACCUGUAAUCAUAAAUGGAGAGAUUGAUUUCCCCCUCUUUAUGCUGAUGUAUCUGCUGACCAGUUCAUGAUUCUAAUCAUCCUAAUUUGUAUUUUUGGAAACCUACAGCAGAUUUAAUUUUGGUGUUUUCACAAUUUAGCAAUGUUAAGUUGUAAUUUCAACCAUUGGUAAUACAUGAUCCUGCUGAUUAAA